AACUUGGCACCAUCCGCACUUUAAAGGAUGCUCUGCCCCCUUUCUCCCCCCCCCCCCCAAGCUCACCUCCCCAUAAGCAUCUUUCACUCAAAAACACAGACACAAAGAGUUCUUAGACAGUAUGCUACAUGAAAUGGCCACAAACCCAUCUUUGUGUAUUCAUGCAGAUGAUGACUGCAUUGAAAUGGAAUUGAGCUCCACUUCGAACUUCAUUUGUUACUCCAUUAGCUCUCCACCACAGAGCAGAGAGUUUGAGUUCCAAAUGUCUUCAGUUUCUCAUGGUAGAGAAGCCACAACAUCCCCAGCUGAUGAACUCUUCUACAAGGGAAAACUCCUCCCUCUUCAUCUCCCUCCUCGCUUGCUAAUGGUUCAAAAGCUCCUCCAAAACCCCACCACCACCACCUUAAACAGUAAAAAAGAAUCAGCCUUUGAAGAAAACUAUGUCAUUCCCUUCACCACUAGCUCCACUGCACCUUCCACUAACAUCAAUACCCCAUUGGAAUCUUGCAGUAUCUCACCAUCAGAAUCUUGCAGGGUUAGUAGUGAACUAAACCCAGGUGAAUAUUUCUUUGAAUGGCCAACUGAAGCUAACUGUUUCCUGGGAGAUCAUCAAAAGAAGUCUUGGACUAAGAAGCUAAAGCAAUCCUCGCUUGGUCUCAAACUCAAGGCUUCAAGAGCAUAUCUAAAGUCUUUGUUUAAAAGGUCUGGUUGCACAGACGAAUCCUGUGCUAAAGCGGCAUGCAAUGCAGAAGAUGAAACUGUUUCAAACGGCCAGGACUGUUUGAAUAAGUACAUGAAAGUACCGAAGAAGAGUCCUUUUGGGAAUAUUGAUAAUGACAGAUGCAGGAUAUCAAACACUCUCAAGAGAAGCUUUGAGAAAGAGAUGGCUGAAGAUGGUUUUCGUUGCCAAAGGAGGUCUUUCUCUGGGGCAAUUCAAUGGCAUUCUGCAACCAAGUCUUCAUCCUUUUCAUCUUCAUCUGGUUUGUCUUCUUCAUCUUCAUCCUUUUCAUUUAGUUCAAAUGGGUUCUGUGACUUACAACUGCUCAAGAGAAGUGGCAGUUCAAAUUCAGAGUUUGAGAGUUCAAUUACAGAAGCAAUUGCUCAUUGUAAAAGGUCACAUCAUUUGUUUAGUUCAAGAAAGAGUUCAAGUGAAGUUGGAGUCUGUUCAUUGUCUGCUUCAGUAAUUGCAGCUCGUGGGGAUCAAGAGACUCCUAGGCUACGCAGCAUAUAAUUAGUGUAGAAGUCCUUAAAAUUCACAAUAAGAGGGGGUCAUUGAGAUGCCAUAUCUCAUGUCAAGUUGAACUUUUCAAAGUGGGUCUCAGUUAUAGCAGUGUGAUUUUCAGGUUUUUCAAUUGUUGUUUUUUAUGUAGAUCAUCCACUGUAGUUCCUGUUGGAAAGAACAAUAGGACAUCCCCCCUCUUUAAUAGAGGAUUUACUUUUAAAAUCAAUAUUCUAGGCCCGAGCUCUAAGUUUCGUUGUACUUGCAUGAAUUAUGGAAUUAUUCAGGGUGAGAUGAA